CUCGGUGCGACUUCAAUCAACUAUAUAAAUACGUUUCUAGUUAUUUUUCACUGGCUAUUGAUGAAAUAAAAUAGGUUUACUUUAUUUAACAUUACCACUUACUCUCUGUGGCGCCAUUUUGGCAUUACCGAGGCGGCCAUAUCGAAAAUGCUUCGCGGCGAUGCCGGCUCUCGGCGAGAGUCACAACCGGAGCGUAGUUGCGGCACAGAAAUGAUUCCAUUAUCGGAAGAAACUGGUCGACUACAAGAAAUACCUGUCAAUACUAUGGAUCACGCCAGUGAGGAGGCACAAUUACCCUCUAGAAUCGUGUCUCAACGAAAUCCGGUGCCGGAUAUAACGCCAGCCAUGGCUAGCCAACGACGUACUCAACAGAUGCUAAUAGUCAUCUCCUCUCUCAUGCUUACUUUUACAGGCUGUGGACUAAAUUUUGCAUUUGGUGUUUAUCAAGAGUUAUAUGAAACGAUGGAUGGGCCGUUUGCUGGUGCCAGUGCGGCAGAGAUAGAUCUCAUCGGCACUCUCGCCGUCUCACUCAUGACAAUUGGAGCACCAUUUGCUAGCGCAUGGACAAAGUCUUACAGUCCCCGAUCUGUGUCCCUAAUUGGAGGGAUUCUAUUUGCGGUUGCAAAUAUUGCUGCAUCUUUUGGACAGAAACUAUGGCACUUCGUUCUUACACAGGGGCUUCUCCUCGGCUGCGCGACAUGCUUGUCAUAUAUUCCUGCCGUUACUGUCGCUCCAGGUUGGUUCAAUGGUCGCCGAGGGUUAGCUAUGGGCAUCGUUUUGAGCGGCACUGGGAUCGGUGGUGUUGCAUGGGCUCCAUUGCUCAGGUACCUCAAUGCGACAAUUGGCUUCCGUAACGCUCUCAGGACAACUGGAGUUAUGGCCUUCGUUAUGAUUUCUGCUUCAGCGUUAGUCUUGAAGUGGGAACCAGCAGCAGAAGCCCAACGGGUCCAGGAGGCUCAAGGCCGUCGGCAGGGUCUAAACAUACCACGUGCAAACUGGCCCAUUGUGAAGAGCCGGCCAUUUAUGGCCCACGCCUCUGCUGCUGUUAUGCAGGCAGCAGCGUAUUACACGCCCGUCUACUUCUUCUCGUCUUACGCAAAAACACUGGGCUACAGUCAGACAGCUGGCGCAAACUUCAUCGCUCUUAGUAAUGCAUGCAACUUUGGCGGAAAGAUCGUUCUUGGGGCGCUUGCAGACCGAUAUGGGCGUCUGAACGCCCUAUUCUUGACCACUUUAGUGUCGGCUAUUGCCACUCUCGUCUUCUGGCUACCUUCGACGAUGUUCUUUCCCCUUGCCGUCCGCCGCGCCUUGUUCAUCUCUUUCACUAUGCUAUAUAGCGUUACCGCAUCGGCCUACGUCGCUCUUUUUCCCACAGCAAUCGCGGAGCAAUUCGGCAUCCAGAAUUUCGCGUCUAUUAAUGGGCUGUUGUAUAUGCUUAGAGGCAUAGGGACACUUUUCGGGACUCCAAUUGCUGGUGCGCUCAUCCGUGAUAGCGGGCUUGAUGGUGCAACACGGAAUUUUGAGAAAACCACGAUAAUGGUUGGCGUGUUUCUGGUUUGCGCCACAGUAGCAGCUGGAUGGGCGAGGGCGGAAAGCGCUUUCACAACAGGGUGGAAGUUACGAGCAUAGGUAGACGGCGCAUGGUAUAAAGUUCUGUCUUUAGAAUGGUAUCUUACACGUAUUUAGCAAUGCAUAGCCAGGAAAGAAAGGGA